AUGCAGGCACAGAAGGAGAUGGAGGCAGAAGCUGGAACUAAUAAAUUGAGUGACACAAAUUCACAACCGAUCAAAUACUCCGUCCACAAAAUCGUCACCACGAAGCACAUCUCCCCGCCGCUGCAGAAAACCAAAUGCGGACUGUGCACUAGCGGCGGCAUCCGGCAGCGGUCGUGGGGGCGGUACUCGGCGGAGAUCCGAGACACGCAACAUAAAUGCAAUUUUUUUAUGUUAGUGAAAAAUCAUGCCCCUCAUUGUUCUUUCUGCUAUGGGGAAAAUAACCACUGGUAUGUUCCUUUUGCAGGAGAAAAUGCUGUCACUUGUGGGGUUUCAAAUGUGUCCGAUCUUCAAGAACUGACAUUCAUCAAAGAUUUGCAUUUCAGGAUGUUUUAUGAAAUGUUUUGUAAAUUCAAGUAUGAUGCCUUGGAAAUAGGUAUUAUCACUACUGAUGAUUUUACAAAUGCGGACAUUUUGAAAGUGACUUAUCCAGAUUCCAGCUAUGCAAAGAGGUUGUGUGGAGAUUUGAAUAGUGAUCCUGCAAUUCCUAUUGUGACUGGAUUCCUCGAGAAGAUUAGCCCUUUAUCUUCAGCCUCAUCUAACCAUUUCUUUGCAUUUGAUUUCAUUAAAUUCAUGAUUUUGUAA